AUGGCGAACCGAGCAGCUCGUAUACUGCUUCACUCUAUCGGAGCUGCGACAAUGGUUUAUGGCUACAAGGGUCUUUCGAGACUGGGAGAUUUCGACACUUGGAUUCGUGGACAAUAUGGAGGUCACUUUCAAUUUCUAACGAUUGACGGGCUGUUCGCUGGAAUGCUCGUGAUGUUCACGGGUCUCCUCUUGGACUUGUUCCCUCGAACCUCCAAGGGUUCGUUUAUAUUCGAAAGCCUUACAAACUUUAAGCGGCUGCUUGUGAUGAUUGCACUGCCUGUGGCAGCUGUCGUAGCCUCUGUCUACUGGCCUUUGAUAUUGGUUCUUCCUAAGCUUAUACUCACCGAGGAUUUCACGGUAGAACCUACCUCCAAGGGCGAUGUUGCGACUCCUUUCCGGAUUCCACUUGACAUUGACUUAUCCUUGCACGGCUUCCCUGGGCCCCUCCUUGUUCUCGAUUUUCUCCUAUUUGAGAAAAAGUUCUCCCAGGAGACAAUGCAGAAAUACGCACCUCUUCUGGCUCUUUGCAUUGGUACAACCUACGCUAUGUGGGCUGAAUACUGUGCCACAAAGAAUAAUUACUUUCCUUAUCCCUUCUUGACUUUCAGCUCCCUUCCCAUUCGCGUUGUCAUUUACGCUACUUGCACGACCUUUUCAGUGUUCGUUUUCAGAGCACUCAACUGGCUUCAUCAGUAG